GGAAUUAACCCCUCAACUGCUGGGACGCAGGAGCUAACUCCUGGGUCAGAAGGUUCUCUGAGUGUGGGGGACACACUGUAUUUGGUCAACGGCCUCCACCCACUAACGCUGCGCUGGGAAGAGGUCUGCACGCCUGAAUCCCAGCAAGACACUCCGCCCGGCACCCCUCCGGUGGCUCCAGACGUGGCAGAGGAUGUUGAGCCGCAGAAAAAGCGGAUGCGGAAGUCCUCCCCCGGCUGGGAGAAGUUCGAGAAGCUGCUAGUGUUUACUGCACCUGGGGUGAAGCCCCGCAGCAAGGUGGCCGGCUUUGAUCUGGAUGGGACCCUCAUCACCACACGCUCUGGGAAGGUCUUUCCCACUGGCCCCAGCGACUGGAGGAUCUUGUACCUCGAGAUUCCGCGUAAGCUCCGGGAGCUGGAUGCUGAGGGCUACAAGCUGGUGAUCUUCACCAACCAGAUGGCCAUUGGGCGUGGGAAGCUGCCGGCAGAGGAGUUCAAGGCCAAGGUGGAGGCUGUGGUGGAGAAGCUGGGGCUCCCCUUUCAGGUGCUGGUGGCCACACACGCCGGCUUGUACCGGAAGCCGGUGAUCGGCAUGUGGGACCAUCUGCAGGAGCAGGCCAACGAGGGUGUGCCCAUCUCCAUCGGGGACAGUGUCUUCGUGGGAGAUGCAGCUGGACGCCCAGCCAACUGGGCCCCUGGGCGGAAGAAGAAAGACUUCUCUUGUGCAGACCGUCUGUUUGCGCUCAACCUUGGCCUGCCCUUCGCCACACCAGAGGAGUUCUUUCUGAAGUGGCCCGUCGCCAGCUUCGUGCUCCCCACCUUUGACCCGAGAACCGUCUCCCCCUCGGGGCCGCUCUACCUCCCUGAGUCCAGCUCCCUCUUGAGCUCCGACCCUGAAGUGGUGGUCGCCGUGGGAUUUCCUGGGGCUGGCAAGUCCACCUUCCUCCAGGAGCACCUCGUGUCGGCAGGCUACGUCCACGUGAACAGGGACACGCUGGGCUCGUGGCAGCGCUGUGUGACCAUGUGCGAGACGGCUCUAAAGCAAAGGAAACGGGUCGUGAUCGACAACACCAACCCAGACCCUCCGAGCCGGGCCAGGUACAUUAAGUGUGCCCGGGACGCGGGGGUCCCCUGCCGCUGCUUCCUCUUCACGGCCACCCUGGAGCAGGCCCGGCACAACAACCGGGUGAGCUGGGACAGCAGCGCCCCGUCCCCAAGGAGAGCGGAAGGCGGCAGGACCUGGGAGCAGCGGGUCCGCGCUCCGUGGCAUCAGCCCCUCCAGGCUCUGAGUUAA